CUGCGACAAUCCCGCCUCAUCCAGUGCGGCGCGGAGAGGAGAACCGGUGUAUUUGUGCGUGAGAAAUCAACAUGGCAACCAACGAUUACUCGCAGCAGGCCUCUCAGGGGUACGGGGCAUACCCUUCCCAGCCAGCUCAGAGCUACCCCCAGCAGGGGGGCCAGACGUAUAGCCAACAGGGCUACAGCGGCUACGGACAGUCUGCCGGGGGCUCGUCCUACGGACAGAGUGGCUACAGCUCCUACGGCCAGGAACAGAGCUCAGCCGGUUACGGAUCUCAGUCGGCCCCUCAGAGCUACGGCGGCAGCAGCGGCAACUACAGCAGCUCCCAGACACCUCAAAGCAGCUACACCGGGGGGCAGCAAUCCUCCCAGUCCUCUUACUCCAGUUACCCCCAGCAGCCUCCUGCCAGCAGCAACACCGGGAGUUAUGGCAGCAGCUCCCAGACCCCGUCCUACCAGCAGCAGCAGAGCGGCAGUUAUGGACAGCAGCCAAGCAGCGGGGGCUACAGCAGCCAGCAGAGCGGCUACGGGGGCCAGCAGCAGCCUGGUUAUACGGGCCAACAGAGCCAGAGUAGCUACAGCAGUCAGCAGCCCAGCUCGUACGGGCAGCAGUCCAGCUACAGCGCUCCGCAGACCUACAACCAGCCGCAGUCCCAGUACGGAGGUGGAGCUGGAGGAUAUAACCAGGAUUCUCCCUCCAUGGGCAGCGGGGGCUAUGGAGGCUCUGACCAGGGAGGCUUUGGUGGGCCAGACAGAGGCAGAGGCCGUGGAGGAUUUGGUGGCAGAGGUGGCUUUGACCGUGGUGGCCGGGGCAGCCGCGGAGGCCGGGGUAGCAUGGGCGGUGGUGAACGGGGAGGAUACAGUAAAUUUGGUGGACCACGUGAAGGCGGCCCUCCCCCCCGGCAGGACAUAGGUGCACCUGAACAGGACAAUUCCGACAACAACACGAUCUUCGUGCAAGGCCUGGGCGAGAACGUCACCGUGGAGUCUGUGGCCGAUUACUUCAAGCAGAUCGGAAUCAUUAAGACAAACAAGAAGACCGGGCAGCCGAUGAUAAACCUUUACACGGACCGGGAGACGGGCAAACUCAAGGGGGAGGCCACCGUGUCCUUCGACGACCCCCCGUCUGCCAAGGCCGCCAUAGACUGGUUCGAUGGUAAAGAGUUUUCAGGCAACCCGAUAAAGGUCUCUUUUGCCACUCGGAGGGCAGACUUCAACAGCCGUGGAGGCGGUAACGGCAGGGGCCGGGGGCGCGGAGGUCCGAUGGGCCGUGGAGGGUUUGGAGGUCCCCCCGGUGCCAGCAGCAGCCGUGGUGGAUACCCGAGUGGUGGGGGAGGGCAGCAGAGAGCUGGAGACUGGAAGUGCCCCAACCCAACCUGUGAGAACAUGAACUUCUCCUGGAGGAACGAGUGCAACCAGUGCAAGGCUCCCAAACCUGAGGGCCCCGGGGGGCCCGGCGGAGCCCACAUGGGUGGUGGUGGUUUCGGGGACGACAGAAGAGGCGGCGGACGGGGUGGUUUUGACCGCGGGGGCUUCAGGGGGAGGGGUGGAGAUAGGGGCGGUUUCCGUGGCGGCAGAGGCGGGGAGCGCGGAGGCUUCGGACCCGGCAAAAUGGAUUCCAGGGGAGACCACAGACAAGACCGACGAGAGAGACCCUACUAGCUGCCGGCGGCAGCGCUUUGUACAAUUUUCCUUUUUUUGGUUUUAUUUUGUAUUUCAGAAUGUGUCCUAUGGAUUCUCGCUGAAUAUUCUGUCCACGUACACUUUGUAUGACCUCCGCUGUGCGCAUGUGAAUUUUAUUAGUCUAUUUGUAAAGUCCCUUAACCCAUUAAACGGAUGACAUUUUCA